CGUCGUACAAAAUCCGGAAGUGCACCCCUGCUAUUUAACCUGCUAGUUUGGGCUUCACAAACAUGGACGAUUAGCCACGAAAAAGGACAAAAAACGAGUCAUGUUUAGCUUAAAAGCGCUCCAGAAGAACAAGACUCUUCGAUAUGGAGUGCCCAUGCUCCUAUUGGUGGUCGGCGGUUCCUUCGGCCUGCGAGAGUUCACGCAGAUCCGCUACGACGCCCAGAAGAUUAGGAGGAAGUUGGAUCCUUCACUGGAGGCCAGAGUGAACGUGCAGAGACAGUCGGUCAUUUUGGAGCAAGAGUACAAGAAGAUGAAGGACGCCAAUUUGGACGAGUGGAGGAACAUUCGCGGCCCGCGGCCCUGGGAGGACUCCCGGGAGUACCAGGAGGAGGAGCGCAGAAAGACGACCGCAGACAGCUAGGGCACGCUCCUUAUAUGUACACAGUGGUGCCUUGAGAUACGAGUUUAAUUAGUUCCUGGGCCAAACACCAAAGACGAUGACACCCGAAGUAUGUUGCUUAUGUCGGGUCUACUCCGUUGUUUUGUUUUGGCUGCUGGCACUGCAGAAAACCCCGCUUCGCACAGAUAGGAUGUCGGAAAUAUGUCGCACAGGUCAGCCAGUUUUGCGACCCAUUCCUCGUCACUGAAAUGUGCUGCCAGCGGUGCCUUCUUUUUCUGAGAGAAAUCUUUGCAGCGGCUCUCGUAAUUCAAACACGCUGGUCAGCGAUUUCCCUCGGGAUAGCCAUCUUACUUCUGCAUACAAAAGCCCUCCAGUCAUUUCUUCUGUCCUUCGUGCUCUUGUUUGUUUUCUUUCAGAAUACUCCAGGGGCUUUUCUUUUAAUGCAGGGUGCUUGGUCUCCAAGUGGCGAAGCAGUUUUGUAGGCUUCAUUGCCUCGUUAGAGAGCAGUUCCCCGCAUAUUACGCCGAGCGGGUUUGGUAUGUGGGAAUCACCUACCGCUAUGAAGCCAUAUUUCAAGUACGACUCCUGGCAUUGUCUGUUAAAAGCUUGCUUUUUUUUUUUUUUUGGGAAGUCGUAGGCUCUUCUCCUGUCUCUCCACUGAGCCUUUUCUCCUUUGAAAAGAAAGUUUCUAAGGAUGUUUGAUUCUUACUCAUUUUGCUAGCUUAGGGAGACUGGUUACAUUUUGGCGUUCAGGUGACUGAAACGUAACCAGGAGAAUCCUGUCAUUUUUCAAAAUAAAAGCUCAUUCGUUCAAAGAUAA